UAAAAGACAGUCUCUGCCCUCAAAGAGCUUACAAUCUAAUGGGGAAUACAACUUGCAAACAGCUAUGUACAAACACGACAUAGACGGGAUACAUUGGAGGCCAUCCACAGGCAGAGGGCAGCAGAAUUAAGGGGGAUUGGGAAAGGCUCCUGUGGGAGGGGGAAUUUUAAUUGGGACUUGAAGGAAGCCGCGAGAUGGAGAUGAGAAGAGAGAGAGAUCCAGGCAUGGACAGCCAAUGAGAAUACCCAGAGGCAGGGGUGGAAAGGCAUGACAUGAACACCCUGAGCCUUCCUCUCAACAUCCGGCGUGGGGGAUCUGACACCAACCUCAACUUUGAUGUCCCUGAUGGCAUCCUGGACUUUCACAAGGUCAAGCUCACGGCCGACAGCUUGAGACAGAAGAUUCUCAAGGUGACUGAACAGAUCAGGAUCGAGCAGACGUCCCGCGAUGGGAACGUGGCGGAAUACCUCAAGCUUGUGAACAGUGCAGACAAGCAGCAGGCCGGACGCAUCAAGCAGGUGUUUGAGAAGAAGAAUCAGAAGUCGGCCCAUUCCAUCGCCCAACUCCAGAAGAAAUUGGAGCAGUACCAUCGGAAGCUCAGGGAGAUUGAACAGAACGGCACCUCGCGCACCUCCAAGGACAACGCCAAGGACAACCUGAAAGAUGGCCACAGUAAAUCUCGGCCAGCAGGCCAAGGGAUGGACGGUGGGAAGUCAGGUGUGCCGGGGGUCUCCCUGACGCCGCCCGUCUUUGUUUUCAACAAGUCCAGGGAGUUUGCCAAUCUGAUCCGGAACAAAUUUGGAAGUGCAGACAACAUUGCCCACCUAAAGAGCUCCUUGGAAGAGUUCAGGCCGGAGGCCAGCUCUCGAGCCUACGGGGGCAGCGCUACCAUCGUGACCAAGCCGAAAUACGGUAGUGACGACGAGUGCUCUAGCGGCACGUCGGGCUCUGCGGAUAGUAAUGGCAACCAGUCCUUUGGGACCGGCGGUACAAACACGCUGAGCAGCCAGGGGAAGCUGGCCGUGAUCUUGGAGGAGCUGCGGGAGAUUAAGGAAACCCAGACUCAGUUGGCAGAGGACAUCGAAUCUCUAAAGGGGCAGUUCAAAAGAGAGUACAGCUUCAUUUCUCAGACGUUGCAAGAGGAACGGUACAGGUAUGAGAGGCUAGAAGAUCAGCUUCAUGACUUAACAGAUCUUCACCAGCAUGAGACCACCAACCUGAAGCAAGAACUGGCCAGCAUAGAAGAGAAGAUGGCCUACCAGGCCUACGAAAGGUCUCGAGAUGUUCAGGAAGCCUUGGAGUCCUGCCAGACCCGCAUCUCCAAGCUCGAGCUCCACCAGCAGGAGCAGCAGGCCGUGCAGUCCGACGCUGUGAACGCCAAAGUCCUCCUGGGCAAGUGCAUCAACGUGAUCCUGGCCUUCAUGACGGUCAUCCUGGUGUGCGUCUCCACCAUCGCCAAGUUUGUCGCUCCCAUGAUGAAGAGUCGCUUUCACAUCCUCGGCACCUUCUUUGCCGUCACGCUUCUCGCGAUAUUUUGUAAAAACUGGGAUCAUAUUCUGUGCGCCAUCGAGCGGAUAGUAAUACCAAGAUGAAUCUCUUCACCCCGACUUCACCUCCUUUCGAGAGAGUAAACCUUUUUUUCCACGUAUACUAACUACCAAAUUUUUCAAAGGAGCUGUUGUGCACACUGGAUGGCAGCUUCAAGAGGACUCGAGCUGUAACCUGUAAAUAAUUGCAAUUCUCUAACCCGAUAGCAGUUGCCUACUUAAUCACUGUCCAUGGUUAGCCUGUCUCUUGUCAGAUUCUCCCCUCACUACUUGCUGCCUUAAUUGGAACAGAUUUCCACUCUGCAAAACCAGCACAGCGUAAGAAGGGAGUGUCGGUUGUUUUAUUUUAUGUUUUUAAUUUAACUUUUUUGUUUUUAUUUAAGUUUUUGGGGCUGGGUCAGGAAGAUUUGGUGCAUGGGAAAUGUCAGGAGGAUCAAAGUGGAUUUCAAAAUCUACCUUUUGAAAUUGGGUGUCUCAGCAAACCCUUUUCUCCAAUGAUCUGCCUCCCAGAGAAAUAGGAGAGUUUGGCUUAGUAAAAGAGAUGCGCAUAAGGGCUAGAAACAUCAAAAGAUUCUUUUCUACAGAGGUACCCAAUCUCUUUAGCUAGUCCACAGUUAGGGCUCUCGUGUCCAUAGUGAUUCACUAGAGUUGUCAUGGGGACAAUGAAAAGCCUUCUAACACGCUAGUAGCCCAACAUCAGGAUUUUCAAUGGGGAUCUACUGUCCUUGAAAUUGUAGGAUUUAUGAGUGGAUUUAAUCAUUCCACUUGAUUUUAUCUUAACUGACUAGUGACUUUAUUUUUUCUCUAGAAUGUGCCAAAUAGUUCCACAUGGCUCAUAUGAUUAUCAGUUGGUCUGGAAGUCAUUUGUAUUUUGUAUCAGGUCCUUUGAGGACUACCCCGGCCUGUUACUAUGUGACAAUCAGCCUUUCAGAAGAUGUGGUCCCCUUUCUGUUUUUCUCUGUGGGAAAUCUCAAAGCAUAUGCAAACAUAGGAAUGACAAUGUUAUGUUGCUAUAGGAAGCAAGGGAGACACCCUUGAUUCAGCAUGACUUCUUGGUCGCCUCUAAAGAGAGCAUGAUGUCAUGUCUGGCUUUAGGGCAGAUAGUUGAGUGAAUGGUGAUUGAAGUGGAUAGUGAAAUCACCCACUGCACCGAUAAGGUCCUCUUGGGAAGGCGGGAGAUUAGAGAAAGAAUAACUUAUGAGAACAUUAGAGCUAGAGAUGCCACCUGUCUCUUGCGGUCUUAUGGAAAAUGUCAUUGAAGUUAAAGCAUUCUAAAAAGUUCCAACUUGUGUGAAGUUUUUUAGCCUCUGAGUAAGGAGGAAAAAAAUGCUUUCUUUGACAUAGAGGUUUUCUUUAUGUUUAAAAAGCAAAAGGAAGAAAAUGGAAAGACUGUGUAAGUAGAAAUUUUCUACUUGGCUCCAUGUUAUUCAAAACAUACCUUCCUUCAGUUGUGCAGGAAUGUGUGUAUAUGUGUUAAUUUUUAAUAUGAAGAACUGUUAAAACAUCCAUGCAUUUUUUUUUGUCUUCAGGAAACAUUGUUUUUAAUGACUUGGAUUCGAACAAAGUGCAAUAUUUUUCAAACAGCUGCUCUUAGGGAAAUCUCUUGUUUAAUGUGAUUGUGUGAACUGUGGUUUUAGGGAAUGGGUGGGGCAAGCCUCUGGGGGGAAAAAUAGGUGUGACUACUUUCGUGUCAUGCAAGCUUAAAGAAGAAUAUUCAGUCUCUUGUUUGUUGAAUUUCUUUGAAUCAAGCUCUAGGGAAGAGCUGAGGUCCCUUCCUGGUGUUUGUUAGGACUUCUGUCUUGUCCAGAGGUAUCUGUUCUACAAGUUAAUUGAGUGACUCACCAAGCCAGGGUUAAGUGGAAGGGUCUUGGGUUCUUGGGGAGGAGAACAUAGGUGAGUUUCAGUUUCCUUUCCGUGUCUGUGUUUAAUGAUCAGUAUUCACCUACACCCAUGAACAGAAAAAUAAAUUGUAGUAUUUGUCAUUCAUUGAUAUCACAGGCAGGAUCCUGAGUCUACUCUCAGAGGAAAGCCCCAAAAUACUCAUGGGAAGGGGUGGGAAUGUCUUUGUUCUGUAAUGGUUUGUGUUGCUAUUUCUUUUCGUUUGGAAACAAUGAGUAAAAAUCUGUUUUUUCCCAUGGGGAAUUAAUGUUUGGCCCCCUAUUUAUUGUUUAUUCAUGUAAUCAAACUGCUUGAUUCUCUUUUCACUGCUAAGAUCUUCUGAUGAGUGAAUCUUCUCACUCUAGUAUGAAUCAGUAAACAUUUGGAAUGAAAUAAAUGAGGCUUCAUUGGGAUGCUGUUUGGUCAUAUUGCAAUUUCUGGGACUAGGGAGUGAAAACAGCUCGAGAGGGGUGAUAACCCUGAAUGUCUGUGAUUGACAAAAUCCUGAAACUUAUGUUAAUAGGUGAUAUCCUAAAACUAUUCUUUAGUGGUGAAUGCUGAUUUAAAUUUAUAUGACCAGCUUCCAGAUAACUAGAACACUUUGUUUUAAUGAAUCCACCAGUAGGGCAGAGUUUGUUCUGAAGCCUCGUUGAAAGUUUAUGACCCAGUAGCCGAUGGUAUACUUUGCAGGGGCAAAGUAUACUUUUCAUCUGCUCAUUAUGAUUUGUUCUGUUAAAAAAAAAAUAAUAACUGAAUAAGACUUUUCUCUUUGCACCCUAUUAUGUCCCCAUUAAAUGGGGAGAAUGAUGGUGUACUGUAAAUUGAAAACAUUAGUGAGAAUAGAUGAACUCUUCUUAUUUAAUAUCUAAUUUUUUCUUAGUAGAAACAUAGGAUGCAAUCAUAUCAGGAAAAUAUAUGCAUUUGAAGUGACUAUACAUUUUAAACACUGAGGAAUUUAAACAUUAAGGAAUUUUCUCAAAUUUACAUGUAGGCCAACUAACCUUUUAUCCCCCAUUGUCUCCUGCCGUCCCCAUGGAUAAGAAGAUAGGAUUUUUUAAAGUCUUAAGCAUAGGAAAGCCAAUUUUUUGUGUUGCCUAACACAGUGCCCACUGAGCUGUCAUGGGAUGUAGAGCACUGAACAUCCUUGGGGAUUGAGGAAGCUUUUUGUAUUUGGUGGGCUUCCCCCGAUUUUCUUGAUCAUUGAAUAUACUUUCCCACAGGUUGCCUUUAAAAGAGUCCUUAGUUCAAGUUGGAGCCGGUAACCAAAGCACUACAUUGCCCACUUGAAGGGGGUGACUUACCUGCCAUCUUUAAGCUCUAUUAUUUUUGAGAAUCUGUUUCGUGUUGUAUAUUGCCCCCCUAAUGAGAUGUUAGAUUGAGCUUCCCUGAGGCUGGUUAUAGCCCCACCCACACUGCCCCUCUCCACAUGUGUGAUAUUUUCACCCAACUGCUUUUAUAACUCAUUCCUCCAGUUCCUAGGCUUCUAUUGAUCGUCUCUACAAGUUCAAUAGUAUUGACUAGGACCGGCUUCCCUCUGGCCAUCAAUUACCUCUGUGUCCUUUGAGUUUGUUUCUGAAUCACUCAAUUCCUAGCAUGGGAAGGAAACAUUUUUAUAAUGUGUCCAAAAAACCCAACAACACAGUUCUCUUGCUUUGGAGACUUUUAAGAAACACACAAUUAUGCAUACGUGUAUAAUGAAUAGGUGGUCACUGAAUUGAAAUGAAUGACUUAAAUGAAAUGGUCUUCCUGGAACCUGCCUAGAAGGGGGCUAUGGGGAACCAUGUUGCUAUACCUCAUAAUUUCCUUCCCCAUCCUUCUUGGUUCUAACCCUAAGCUCACAGGGCCAGCUUUACCUCUCCAACUACCAGCCCUAGUCCCAUUACCCUCCCUUUUCACCUCAGGCCAGGGGAGGGUUGGAGGUGAGAGUUACUACCAGGGGUAAGGGGCAGCAUCCUGAAACCACCAAGCCCCCAGUAAAGUGACCCUUUGGCCCUUUUCCCUACUCCAAAUCCUCUUUUCAUACCCAGUACUGCCAAGACUGUCUGAAUCUGAUUUUCUCAGAUCUGGGUUUCCAGAAGCUCUAAUUGCACCAACUUGUGAUUUUUCUUUAGAGUCCAAGUGGAAAAAAUGAGAAGGUGGGAAGGGGUAAGGGUAGGGUGGGAUGUGUUUAUGAGUAUGUUAUAAAAGUAAACCUUCAAUCCCUGACAGUGAAGGGGAAGCAGGCUACUCUAAUAAAUUGUGGAUCAAUGCUUAAAAGGAAAAUUAAGAAGUCAAUUGGCAAUCAGCCAAAGACAAAGAUGUAUUUUUUUUCCUUGCCUUUGCCCUGACAGGCACCCUCUGACCCCAUGCCCCACCACACCCCUCGGGCUUAAGGCAUAGAGCCACCAACAGUGGCUUGGAAAGGGGUCCCCUGGCCCUCACUGUAGAUUUGUUGGGGGAAAGUAUGUGCCUGGCAUCCUGGAGACUCUGAAUGCAUUUUCCCAGAGAAACAUGAUUACGUGGGAUUGUUAGGUUCUAAUCUACAGUGCUAGACUUGAGAAUUUAAUAGGCUAGCCUCGGAGCCCAGCCACCCUGGAUAACUUUGUGUAGGGUUCUUCCAAUAAAUUGGAGGCUGUAUCAUGUGUAUUUCCUUAGCUAAUGUUAAAGCCCAAACACGAUGAAUUUAAAAUGCAGUGUUUUCGUUGGAGAGAUGGCUUCACAUGGUGGCUUGGUUCCCACUCUGAGGGAUUAACAGUCUGCAGAUUUAAAUUAGGAAAGGAAGGGAUCUGGGCUGCCUACAUCCUAAAACACUUAGAAACCUAAAGAAACAAACAUUGCAAUUAACAGACUGACUGGCAACCCCCGUUAAGAAUAAAAACAGUCAAUUUCCACAAAUCAACCAAAUGCUCUCUGUUCUAAGAUGUUUGGAAAUAAUGUAUGUACAUAGAUUGUUUCAGACCUGAUUUGUUUGUUGCAAAUUUUAUUUAUUUAAAGCAUGUGCAGUGUGGUUUUCUUUUGUGUGUGUUUGAGAGAAAUGUUUCAACAAAAAAAGCACUGCUUGUGUCUAAGGGAAUGCCAGCCUAGGUUGUAGUCAUCGAUGGUAAAGGUAGCUCUUAUCUGGCUGUCAAGUCUGAUGUGUCCACCUUCAAGUCACCAUUUUGUGUAGCAGGCUAUAAAGUUUUAUGUCAACCAAUGUGAAAAAGAAAAUCUGUAAAGUCUUAGUAUAUUUUCACCUCGCGAUAUGUGGUCAUAACUGAACUCAAAACAGGUGCCAUUAUUUUUUUAAAUAAAUGUAGUUGAUGUUAGUUUGGCUGUUUAAUAAAGAGUUCAAUUUCCUUUUUUAAAAAAA